UGAAAAUGGGAAAAUGAGUAUGUGUGCACAGAGGAACGUGGAGGGCAUGAGGGUGCACAUUCCAGAUCUCCUGUGCUGGCGUGGUGAUGCAAAGCAGCUAUCAAUGAACUGAGCCAUGUUCAAAUCCCUGUUAUGUUGAUGCCAGAUGAUUUCAAAGCAUACUCAAAGAUAAAGGUGGACAAUCACCUUUUCAACAAAGAAAACAUGCCAAGUCAUUUCAAAUUUAAAGAAUAUUGUCCAAUGGUAUUCCGUAAUCUAAGAGAGAGAUUUGGAAUUGAUGAUCAAGACUUUCAGAAUUCAUUGACAAGAAGUGCACCCCUUGCCAAUGAUUCCCAAGCACGCAGUGGUGCCCGCUUUCAUACAUCUUACGACAAAAGAUAUAUCAUCAAAACGAUAACAAGUGAAGAUGUAGCAGAAAUGCACAACAUACUGAAGAAGUACCAUCAGUUUAUUGUGGAGUGUCAUGGGAAUACACUUCUUCCCCAGUUUUUGGGCAUGUACCGGCUUACUGUUGAUGGAGUUGAAGUAUAUAUGGUUGUUACAAGAAAUGUGUUCAGCCAUCGUUUAUCUGUUUAUAGAAAGUAUGAUUUAAAGGGCUCUACUGUGGCUCGAGAAGCCAGUGACAAAGAAAAGGCCAAGGAGCUGCCGACGUUCAAAGACAAUGAUUUUAUUAAUGAUGGCCAAAAGAUUCAUAUUGAUGAGAAUAACAAAAAGAUGUUCCUUGAGAAACUCAAAAAGGAUGUUGAGUUCCUUGCUCAGUUAAAACUCAUGGACUACAGCUUGCUGGUUGGAAUUCAUGAUGUUGAAAGAGCCGAACAGGAAGAAAUAGAGUGUGAAGAGAAUGAUGGAGAAGAGGAAGGUGAAAGUGAUGGGACCCACCCCAUUGGAACCCCUCCAGACAGUCCAGGAAAUACACUGAACAGCUCACUGCCUUUGGCUCCAGGGGAAUUUGAUCCAGCUAUUGAUGUUUAUGGAAUAAAAUCCCAUGAAAAUGCACCCAGGAAAGAAGUGUACUUCAUGGCCAUUAUUGACAUUCUUACUCAUUAUGAUGCAAAAAAGAAAGCUGCCCAUGCUGCAAAAACAGUAAAGCAUGGGGCUGGUGCAGAAAUUUCCACUGUUAAUCCAGAACAGUAUUCAAAGCGCUUCUUGGACUUUAUUGCCAACAUCUUGACGUAACCUAUCGUGUUACAUAGGACAGACACCAGACCUGGGGACAGCAGCAGUGGCUACAAGUGUAGGGAAAAAAUGGAACUCGGAGAAGCACUCAUCUUACAGAAAGCAACCCCUUUGUUUACAUCUGCUGGCAAAGAUGACUGAAGUGGGGUGGAGUACUCGCUUUAACAGCUGCCUGAUAUUCCCAGCAUAGUUCUAGCUAUUUCUGACUCUUUUGUGUGUGCAAAAAAAAAUUUAAAAUAAUUUAAAUAAAUAGAACAGCUUACUCAGAGUGCACUGUGACAGUAAGACUCUGAUGCUACCAGCUGAAAUUGAAAAAAUGAGCAAAGAGGUGUGGGGUGGGGGUGGGGAAGAGUAAAUGCAUGUUAAACCUACAAUAUUGAUAACAAAUUGUAAACUGUGGAUCAGUUUAUUUUUUGAAAAAAGAUACAUGACAGUAUUCUUCAUGAUGAUGAUGAUGGUGAUAAUAAUGAAGACCUUACUGCGAAUGUUAGCACCCUGCACACUGGCACUCCUUAAAAACGCAGCUGCAACAGCUCUUGGUGCCAGAGGCUUUUCCCAUUUGGUUCCUAGCAGUUGGGUUUUUUCCUUUUCUUUCCUUAUUCUCCUGUUUCUUGUCUUCUUUUUCAGCACAUUGUGUCAGGAAGUUCAGCCUCUCGGACGUGUGAGAGCUGGCAUCUCUUACCUUACAAAGAGCUAACAUAAUUCAUGCUAUGUGUACAUUUUUGCUGUAGUAAACUUACAUUAAGGGAAAACUUUGCUUAUUUCUCUUUGUUACCUGAAGUUUUCAUUUGUUUUAUAUUCUUGCAAUAUAGGAACUAAUGAUGUUACAAGUGUAAAGAAAGCUUAUCUGAAGAAGUGCAUAGUUUUGGGCAAUAGUAGCUCCAUCUUCCACCCAUCCUGAAAGAUGUGCACACUGAUAGAAAUUCCAUUCCCUUGUAAUUUACUGGGAAUUUGAAGUUUAAAUGCUUAUGUUGUACUGUUGAAAUAGCGGUAUUUUAUUAUAGAUUAUCCCUUGAAAAAUGAACCCUGAAUUUUACUGUUUACAUUAUUAGGAAAGCAGGGAUAUUUCUGAAUUUCAGAGCCGUGUACAAUAUAAGACUUUUGAGUUUACAUGUAAAGUUAUUUUGCAGUACAAAUGAAGUAAUGUUUGUCAUCUUCCAAGAGGUAAUGUGCAGUAGUGUACUAAAGUGAAUGUCUCGCUCACCUCCAUGGUAGACUCUUUUACAAUAAAAUGCGAAAGGAUAUUU